CCCCCCCUCCCGCCCCGGGUGUGCGCGAGGCGGCGGCGCGUGGCAGCGGCGGCGACUCCCGCCGGCGGGCUGCGAGGGGCGAGCGCGGGCGGCGGCGACCCCGACCCCGACCCCGGCCCGGGCCGGCCCCGCCAUGACCGACUUCAAGCUGGGGAUCGUGCGGCUCGGCCGGGUGGCCGGCAAGACCAAGUACACGCUGAUCGACGAGCAGGACAUCCCGCUGGUGGAGAGCUACUCCUUCGAGGCUCGGAUGGAGGUAGAUGCUGAUGGAAAUGGUGCUAAAAUAUUUGCUUACGCUUUUGACAAAAAUCGUGGAAGGGGAUCCGGCCGUCUGCUGCAUGAGCUGCUUUGGGAGAGACACCGGGGAGGGAUUGCUCCUGGAUUUCAGGUGGUACAUCUGAAUUCAGUGACAGUGGACAACCGCCUAGACAAUCUGCGCCUAGUUCCUUGGGGGUGGAAACCCAAAGCUGAAGAAAUCUCUAGUAAACAAAGGGAACAAAGUCUGUAUUGGCUGGCAAUCCAACAGCUUCCUACAGAUCCUAUAGAAGAGCAGUUUCCUGUACUGAAUGUAACACGAUAUUACAACGCUAACGGGGAUGUUGUGGAGGAGGAAGAGAACUCAUGCACAUAUUAUGAAUGUCACUACCCCCCAUGCACAAUGAUUGAAAAACAGUUACGUGAAUUCAAUAUUUGUGGCCGAUGCCAGGUAGCAAGGUACUGUGGGUCACAAUGCCAGCAAAAAGACUGGCCUGCUCACAAGAAACACUGUCGGGAGAAGAAACGGACCUUCCAGCAAGAGCUCGGACCAGAACGAUGACUGGGUGGCACAGGCCUCUUAGCAGCAGGAUUCCUUCUCAAAGGCAUUGGACUCUUGCUUUUGCACAGUAAUGACAGACUGCUUAUUGAAGCCAGAGGCACUGAAGAAGAAAAACCCUGUGAUGCUUGAGCAGAAUGGCUGACUGAACUAAGCCAGCUCUGACUGGUGCUGUGGAAAGGGAUUGGGUCUACCCUUCCAGUAUUAUAUUCUCAAGCAAAAAGACUACUGUGGAGGCUCCAGGCAGGAAGCUUCUCGUUAUUUAUAUGUUAAUACGUUUGUAAACUCAUGUACAGUUUUUGUUAGAAAUUCUUGAUAGGACUCAUUAACUGUAAUGUUCAGAUGAGAACACGUUGUUGGCCUAAAAGUUUAAAAAAAAAAAAAAAAGUCAUGUAGCAAAAGCUUUUCCUCCCAUGUGGCUAGAAGUAUCUGUGGCAGGGCCAAGGCCGGAAGGCAGGCUCCAACAUCAGCAGGUACUCUGGAGAACUCUGCAUGGAGGUUAUAUUUAAAAAAAAAAAAAAGGGGGGGGGGUGUGGUGUGCAAACAAAGUAAAGGUUGGAAUGAAUCAUUGUCUACUACUCUCUAGCUUUCUCCCAUUCCCUUCCAGCUGCUUUCAGAGCACAGUCACACUUGGAUGUUGGAAAUACCUACUCAGUAGGAACCAAUGCACCAGAAACUGGAGCGGGGUGUAGGGGACCAUCUGGGAUCUGUGCAUACAGGCAAGCUAUAGCAUGUUGCUGCCUUCAGAGAAGGGCUGCUGGAGAUCGUGCUUUAAGCAACCAGUAUUUUUAGAAGGCUGAAUUAGCCUUCUUGUUAUGAAACCUUUGUAUAUAAAGUAGUUAUAGGGAAGCUCAGGUAGUCAGCUGUGUGUGGAUGUGGUUGCCCUUGUGGCUUCCCCCGUAAGCAUAGCAAAUACUAUAGUGAUGUGCAGAUAUGUUUAAAUGAUCUAAUAUUUGGUAAUUUGAGUUAUUUAUUCAUUUUUUUAAAGAGAUGCCAUCAAUCCAAGAAUCACUUUUUGAUUUUUUUUUAUGUAGUAAUGAGUAAAAAUAAUAUGGGAGGAGGAUUUGACUUGCAGAGUACACGCCUGUUUUUCUUUUCAGACAUCUUGUCAUACAUAAUCUGAAAGCUUUUUCUUUUUCAUUUUUGCCUUAGAAAUAUAAGGAAUAUCAACUGAGUUUCCUGAAGAACUAAAUGGAUAAUUUAGUGCCAGGUGUUAGCCUUGCUUCACAGUAGAAGAAUGUGAGCUGCUGAUGCUUAAUGCAGAGCCUUUCUCAAAGUGCUUAGUGAAAUAGGUAUUUAAAUUUUUUUUGUAAAAGCUGUGAAGAAUUUUAAUUUUUCAAUCAGGAUUCACUUUGCCACUUCAUGUUGCAAUGUUGGUCUUGCUUGUAUUCGUCAGAAAAUUGAACUGCUGUGGACUUCCAAUAUUAUAUUACAUUUCAAAUAUCUGCACAGGAAGUUCUUAAUUAUUAGUAUUUGGGUGGGUUUUCAUACUUUAGCUUGAAGCAUCUUAGGAAAUAACAAAGAACUUCGGAAGCUUCCUGCUGGAAGUUCACUUGGUAGGCACAUUGUCAAGUUGCAACUCUUAAUUCAUGGAUAUACUGUAACUUUCUGUUUAGGCAGCCUAAAAUGCCCUUAAGUAUGAAGAAGUCAAGCAGGACCUAAUCAAAUUUUCCUGUAAUGGGUGAUUUUUUUUUUUUUUUUAAGGAAACAUUCAAUUAUUUGCUUUAAAUGAACGGCACAGUUUUUGAUGAAUGUAAAAUGGGACAUGAGUAUUUUUUGUAUUUGAGGUAAUCAAUUGAGAAGGGCAGAAGUACUGACUGUUUUUUUUUUCUUGCCUUUUUAAAAGGCUGCUAUUUGUCAUGCCAGUUUUCCAUUGUGUUAUCAGUAAUCAUGUUUAGCAAACUGAAGCGCAGUCUUAGAGUGUUUAAACACUUCUGCAGCACUGAGCAGGGAAAAUGGUUAGUCCUAAUGUUUGUAAUGUUGCUGCAAUAAGAAACGAGGACAAAGAUAGACUGCAGAUGAAGUCCUGAUGGGGCAACAGGUAGAUUCCUCUUGAGCAGCAGAUGAAGGGAAUGAAGGAAGGGUGAGACUCAAGCUAAAGAGUCUGCAAAACUAGGGUGGUGGGUGCUUAGGGCAAUCCUGAUCCCAGUGAAUGUGGGAGGGAAGGGGAUGGGAGGAUGGGGUGAAGCAGGUGGGGAGGGAAGAUGCCCACUAAAUCAGAGGUCUGUCAGACCAUCAAUUGAAUGAAAAGUAGCAAGUUGCCUGGACAUCCCAAAAGGGCUUGGUGAAAUAACACAGGUUCUGAUUUCAGUGUGUAACCUUGUGCCAGAGGAGGGAAGUGGCUACAGGGAUUUUGACUCUAAAAAAGGUCCUGGGGACUGCAGUAACCAUGUCACUGCCUGCAAAACAGUUUUUCCUGAUUGGCGUGGGAAGUUGUGUGAUCAAUAAUUCUGGCAGAAGAUCUUUGUAAUUUACAGAGAUCUUCCCUUUUUGUAAGGUGUGUCACAAAGGACCCAGUUAGACUUGAACAUGGCAGCUCCGCUUCAUAUAGCCAAUACAGUUUUUCAGAGGAUGAAGCUCAUAAAGGACCUCCUUUCCCCUCUUCAAGAAACCAGGCCGACAUGGAUAUCUUCAUAUGGGCAAGUAUUUAAAAAGCACAGGGUUAGAGUACAUGGUCACUUACCUUGGAGCAGGCCUGUGCAGUACUGGUAAAUGAGCUGACAUUUCAAGGACUUACCCUGAUGGAGAUAAUCUUCAUCUAAGAUGCUUCCUCCAGGUAAAAAGAACUGCAUCUGUAUCUUUUAUUCCUUGGUUCUCUGAAGCAUGGAGUACUCUCUGUACACACCCUGAUUCACCUGUGGACCAAAACAAGGCUUAAUGAUAUUUGAGCCUUUAACGCACCCACAAGAUUAUACUUCCAAGUUUUCCUCUGUGGUGGCGAUUUACUUUUAAAUUAAACUGGUGAAGGUAAAAGGGACAGCUAGGAGACUUAAAUGCUUGCAUGUGGCAUGGAGACAGUGUAAGACACCACAUUUGGGACAGGAGCAAGUAUUUACCACCCAUCAAAACAGGUUUGAGAGGAUGAAAAGAGGUUGGUGUGAUUAAACAGCACCGUGUGGGUUGCUUGUAGAGUAAGAAAAAAUCCUUUAUAAACUGAAAUUGUGUCCAAAUGUAAAAGAUGAAAGAAUAAGAUUUGGCAGGUGAAAAGUGAAAAAAAAGCAAACAGGAAAAACCAAA